ACCAGCUGGGCUGCACCAGUGGAAGUGGCUCCACCCUUCCCACCUCAGAGCCAUGGGGAGCCAGGGUCCUGGUGGGCUGCCCCUGGUGCAGGCUCCCUACACAGUUCUGCUGCUGCCGCUGGGGACAAGCCGCCAAGACACAGGAGCCCAGAGCUUCUUCCUCUGGUUGCAGAGGAUGCAGGCUCUGGAGAGAGAACAGGAUGCCCUGUGGCAGGGGCUGCAGCUGCUAGAGCAUAGCCAGGCCUGGUUUGAAGACCGUCUGAGGGAGGCACAGCAACAGCAGCUACAUCUGGGGGCCCUUGGUGAGAAUUUUCUAACAGAUUCACACCCAGAGCCUGGUGGCCCCCAGUUAGCCCAGAUUCAAAAGGUGAACAUCUGUUUGCACAAUCUGAUUCAGGGAAAGUUCUCCCUAUGUCCACUGAACAAGGCCAGUUCCUGUGCCCCCCAGGAUUGGAAGGAAAGGCUAUGGAAGAAAAAUGUGUGGCAGCAACAGGAGUUGUCAAGGCAGCAGAAAGGAGUCGCCCAGCUAAAGGAGAAGAUGGCUCAGCUGGGCUGCUCCAAGGAACGAAGGGGCCCUACCCGUGUCUAAACCCUCCUCUCACUACCCUUAGUCUGGUGAAGGAGCAGGCUGAGUCAAAACUCCUAGCCUCCUUAUUCUACUUCUUAACUCAGCAGCUAAAUGGUUUCAGGUAGUGGGCCAAUGAAGUUCAGACUUGGUGUAAAGUUUCUCCUUUGCUCCUGAAAACUUCCAUUUCAUCUUCUUGGUGUGCCAUGCCCUCCCUCUGUCCUAUAUGAUAUGCAAAAAUGAUCUGUCUUUGAAAUCCCUCUGGGUAGAAGACAUGUUUAUUGAAACUGUUCUUUAUCCUUAAAUAUAAAAAUAAAACAGAAACUUUUCCAGAAUUUCACAUAAAAACAAUCUAUAAAUAACAUUCUCUGAUAUCUUCCUACCUACUCCCAAUGCUUGUCUCCUCCCCAGAUAUUUUCCCCUCUACCUGAGCCUAGGGGAGCAUGAAUAGUUAGUGGAAUAAAGAUGCUACAGACAAACUGAAAGGAACUUUUUCCAAAAAUUCCUUUGGUUCAUUUCCCACAGGAUUAGGGAAAAUGCACUGUGGGAAGAUCCUCUGCCCUCUAUCCUCAUCUCGAAAUUUUUAAGAAGGAGAAGGGACAAGUGCCUGAGAAGGAACACCUCUCCAGCUGGGAGAGAUAAGGCCCAAGGCCCCUGUGACCUUACCAAUGAGUCUGCUUGAAAAUAGUGCUGGAGGCCGGGCAUGGAGGCUCACACCUGUAAUCCUAGCACUCUGGGAGGCCGAGGUGGGAGGAUCGCUCAAAGUCAGGAGUU